CCUCUCUCCCCCUCAAUCGACUCGACACCGCCGACAGGGAUGCAGCGAGGGCGCAGCGCAGCCUGAAAAUGGCACCACCACGCGUCCUGUGGAUCUAUCCAUCCCUCGCCCUGCUGUCCUCUCUGCUUCUUUUCCACGCGCUGUCGCCGUGCCGGGCCUUACGGAAUUACCCGGAGAAUGAAGUGACGUUGCUGGACUCCAUGUCGGCUCUGGCUGACCUGGGCUGGGAGGCUUACCCUAAUGAGGGGUGGGAGGAGAUCAGCGUGAUGGAUGAGAGGAACACUCCAAUGAGGACCUACCAGGUGUGUAACGUCAUGGAGGCCAACCAGAACAACUGGCUGAGGACGCGCCACAUCAGCAGGGAAGGGGCGCAGCGCGUCUACAUCGAAAUCAAGUUCACCCUGAGGGACUGUAAUAGCCUGCCCGGGGUCCCGGGCACUUGCAAAGAGACAUUCAACAUGUUCUACUACGAGUCCAACAAUGCAAACCUGUGGUUCAUCAAGGAGAGCCAGUAUGUCAAGAUUGAUACUAUUGCCGCAGAUGAGAGCUUUACACAGGUGGACGUCGGUGACCGAGUCAUGAAGCUAAACACGGAAGUGCGCGACAUCAGCAACCUGAGCAAAAAGGGGUUUUACCUGGCCUUCCAGGACCUGGGCGCAUGUAUCGCGCUGGUCUCUGUCAGGGUCUUCUACAAGAAGUGCCCCCUCACUGUGCUCAACCUGGCCCAGUUCCCCGACACGAUAACGGGAGGAGACACGGCGCUGGUGGAGGUCCACGGCGUGUGUGUGAAUGCCUCCGAGGAGUUCGAGGCUCCCAAGAUGUACUGCAGUGCAGACGGAGGCUGGCUGGUUCCCAUCGGGAGAUGUGUGUGCAAACCGGGCUUCGAGGAGAACAAGGACGUCUGCCAGCCAUGCAGACCUGGUACCUACAAGGCUUCUGCCACAGACGCCUACUGCACCAAAUGCCCUCCCCACAGCUCGUCCCCGCAGGAACAAGCAGUCGAGUGUGUUUGUGAGAAGAGUUUCUACCGGGCUGAGAGCGACCCACGCUCAAUGGCCUGCACACGUCCGCCGUCUGCACCAGAGAACCCCAUCUCCACAGUGAACGAGACCUGCGUGACCCUGGAGUGGUCGCCACCCAGAGAGACGGGAGGUCGGGGAGACAUCACCUACAGCCUCCACUGCAGGAAGUGCUCCGGCGACGGCAAGAAGUGCACUCCAUGUGGUAGCAGCGUCCAUUUUGUCCCCAGGCAGUUCGGUCUCUCUUCUGCCACCGUGCUGGUCACCGACCUGCAGCCGGACUCCAACUACAGCUUCACUGUUGAGAGCCAGAACGGCGUGUCAGACUUGAGUCCAACACCCAGAGGAACAGUAGUCAUCAACAUCACCACGUCACAAACAGUAAGCGUAGUGCUGAAGGAGAGGCGGAGCAAGGACAGCGUGACUUUGGCCUGGCAGGGACCGGAGAGACCCAACGGGGCGAUUGUGGAAUAUGAGGUCAUCUACUAUGAGAAGAACCAGCGGGAGCAGAACUACACCGUUUUGAAGACUCGCUCCAACAUGAUGACAGUGGACGGGCUGAAGCCGGGGACCACAUACGUGUUCAGGGUCAGGGCUCGAACCGACGGCGGCUACGGGAGCUACGGUGGAGAGAUCGAAUUGGAAACCAGCCACGAAGAUGUUUUGGCUAUCGGCGACCCUAACCAGUCCACCAUCCUGGCCGUGUCCAUCGCUGGGGGAAUCGUCCUCCUCAUCUUUCUGGUGACAUGCUUCAUUGUCAGCGGCAGGCACUGUGGAUACAUCAAAGCCAAGCAGGACCCCGAUGAGGAGAAGAUGCAGUUCCAGCAUGGCCGAGUUAAGCUUCCGGGCAGCAGGACCUACAUCCAUCCUCACACCUACGAAGACCCCAACCAGGCUGUCAGAGACUUCGCCAAAGAGAUCGAUGCUUCCAAUAUUCGCAUAGAGAGAGUCAUUGGAGCUGGAGAGUUUGGGGAGGUUUGCAGCGGCCGCCUGCGUGUGCAGGGGAAGAGGGAGAUCUACGUGGCCAUCAAGAGCCUUAAGGCGGGAUACUCUGACAAACAGAGGAGGGACUUCCUGUCUGAGGCCUCCAUCAUGGGACAGUUUGACCAUCCCAACAUCAUCAGGCUGGAGGGUGUCGUCACGAGAUGUAAACCAGUGAUGAUCAUCACAGAGUUCAUGGAAAACGGAUCUCUGGACACUUUCCUCAAGAAACACGACGGCCAGUUCACGGUGAUCCAGCUGGUCGGCAUGCUGCGUGGUAUCGCCUCCGGUAUGAAGUACCUGUCGGACAUGAGCUACGUUCACAGAGACCUGGCAGCGCGGAACAUCCUGGUCAACAGCAACCUGGUGUGUAAGGUGUCGGACUUUGGCCUGAGUCGGGUUCUGGAGGACGACCCAGAGGCAGCCUACACCACAAGGGGAGGGAAGAUCCCCAUCAGAUGGACGGCUCCAGAGGCGAUAGCGUACAGGAAGUUCACCUCAGCCAGCGAUGUGUGGAGUUACGGUAUCGUCAUGUGGGAGGUGAUUUCAUACGGAGAGAGGCCCUACUGGGAGAUGUCCAACCAGGAUGUGAUCAAAGCAAUAGAUGAGGGCUACCGUCUUCCCGCUCCAAUGGACUGUCCCGUGGUGCUGCACCAGCUCAUGUUGGACUGCUGGGAGAAGGGACGGAGCGACAGGCCAAAGUUUGGACAGAUCGUCACAAUCCUGGACAAGCUCAUCAGAAACCCAGCCAGCCUCAGAGAGCUGGCCAACAGCUCCGCAUGCAGGGAGGACCUGUCCACCCCAGAGUUCAGUGUGAGCACAGUGGAUGAGUGGUUGGAGGCCAUCAAGAUGGGCCAGUAUAAGGAGAACUUUUCCAGUGCUGGAUAUGUCAGCUUCGACUCAAUCCUCUACAUCAGUGUCAGUGAACUGGCUAAAAUGGGUGUGACUCUGGCUGGUCACCAGAAGAAGAUUCUGUCCAGUGUGCAGAGUCUGCAGACCCAGGGGACGCACGUCCAAGUAUAACAGUGUCCGAAUAAACACACAAUGAGACAGAGCCAAAAUGGAGGCUCCCGUGAAGACUUUCCCCAGCAGAAAUGGAGUUGCAAUGGAUAUUGUGGUGCUCGGGCCUCCUUUGAUUUGAGACACAUCGAGUUGGAGACAACAUGGACGCUUGACUCCUUCACCUCCUCGCAGUUUCACCAUUCUUCCCAUGCUCGACGGGCACUACCAGCUUUAGCACUCAAGAGUCCCAGCAACACAACCACCAUUAUGGAGCAACUGAGAGACACAACAUGUAGAGCAUCUCAGAUCAUUCACAUCAUUUGAGCUAGACAAAAGAAAAAGAAAAAAGAUUUUUAACUAAAGAAAUUACGAAAAACAAAUUAGAAUAUAAUUAUCAUCACUGUCUGUGAGGUGUACAGUUGGUUUUUACUGUAUUUUCUUUGUUUUAAGUUUUCACCUUGAAGAGUUUAAAAAGGGUCUGAAGAUAUGUAUAUGUGUAGAUAUAUGUUUAUAUGGGCUGCGUGUCCCACAACCAUCGAGAUGGACCUAACGUUUGUAUUAAUGGUGAGGUUUAUAUGACUCAACCGUGAUAGGAGUUAUUACCUGGUAUAUGUAUGGCCCCUUCCAUUGCUCUCUGUACAUAAGAAGCCAGUGAAUGAGCCAAGACUUUGAAUGACAUGAAUGUGUGAUGGAAACAGAAAACCUGGACCUUUAGAGAUAGUGAGGGAUGCAGAUUUUGCUAGUUCAUGUAGGAUGGAAGUAUGACUUGUUCAAACAUUUUACUGGACCAGGACAAGGGCUUCCCUGGCGACUGCACCUAGAAACACUUCCAUAGCAACCGGACCCAGAGAGCGUCUGCUUGUCUGCUCAAACUCAUGAUGUAACUGGGUGCAAAGUAACAGCAGAAACCGCUUGAGGUGAAGAUAGCACAGAUACAUUUUUACUCUUCCAAAACUGUCUAUUCCAAACAAAAUUGCCUGUUCAGCUCUAACAGUAUGACGUUGGUGGGAAUAUUUCAGCACAAGAGUUUGCCUUCCCAUGUUUCAGGUGUUUAAAGAAAUUGAGCAAAGGUGAUGCAAAGGUCAUACAAGAGAUGACACUGUCUGGGGCGUGUAAAUUGUUUAUCCAGUGUUGUGCCAUAUACAGUAAAGUAACACUGAAAUGUUGCAUACGACCAUCCCUACUCUUCUUUCUUUUUAUCAGCUCCCAUGGCCGGAUGGUUACACAAGGCCAGUCACAAUAAGUGUGUUGUCCAAAAUAGUUUGCCUGAUGAAGAUGAAAUAUUCGCAGUGUAAACUUUCAGCGGUGCCACAGAGAGAGGGUAACAUUUACUUUGUGUAUUAUCAGUCAUGCCAACCUAUUUCAAGCAUCCCUAGUUUCAAACCAAUACCCACAAGUGAAUUUACAAAACAGUGUUUACAGCAAACAAAUUGGUUUGAUGGUUUUUCCUUGUAAGAAGGAAACAGCUGCUUAACACAUUAAUUACAAGGUUAGAUGUGAUGGGACCCUGUGUGUGUGUGCACUGCAUUAAUGGCACUGAACCUGCUUUUAGUGUAAUCCCAAACCCAGUUUUAAUAUAUGUGGUACUAUAUAGGACCAACAGUGACAUAAAGUACAGUAUAUAUGAUUGUAUCAUAGUGUAAAAUAUGUACAGUGUUGAUUUCCAAUGUUAGAAUGUUUGUAAUGAUAACGAUGACGAUGAUGACUAUGAUGUACUUUUAUUGUGAAAAAGAGAUUUCUGAAGUACUUGUUCAGUGGCAGGUCUUACGGGAGAAAAGCAAAGGGAGGUUAUUUGUUGGUCUGAACAAAGGAAUGUAGCAUGGUGCGAAGCUUCAGCUUUUGAUUGACAGGUGACGGUGACUGCAGUUUAUACCAUAGAGUUAGAAUGAGUAGAAUGUACUCUCCUUGUUGGGCGUACCCAUCUUAGACAGUAAUUACAUGCACAUUUUGAGCCUUUCUUCACAUACAGCAUAACUUUUGGAAGGUAGGGACGAGGUGAGGUUGAGAUAGGAGAAAUUUCUUUCAUCAAAUUUCCACAGAGAUUGAAUAUUUGUUAAACCCCCCUCGCCCACAACCUCAAUUAUUUAGCAAUUGCACCUAACCAUGGCAUACCUGUCAAGCUUUACAUUUCGUCACGUGAUGAAGUAUUGUGAAUGGAGCUGUUGCAUUUUAAAAAUAACUUGGAGGGUGAUGUCUUUUUUUAGCCUUUCCCAAAACCAAAAACACAAGAGUAAAAGAGCAAAAAAAAGAUAUGAUCUUCUCUAAUGUGACCUACAAUUGUCAGCACAUCUGGCUAACUGGCUUAGUACCUAUAGUAGUAACCAAGCAGUGCUUCCAAGUUGAAGGAGCAGUAACUACCUAGGCAAAAGAAUUUAUUGGGGUUAAAGGUUAGCAUCUGUAACUAAGGGAUAGGGCCAAGCAAACUGUCAGUUGGAGAGGAGGCAAACUGGGCAGUGGAGUAAAAACUUCCACCUCUACUUAGCAGCAGAAAAAGCCUUUUACUUGUUUUUUCAUUCACUGAAUUGGUUAAACAAUUGCAUUUAACGGAUACAAUUUACAACUAAAAGAAAAUAAUCCAGAGAUUGAUUUCUCCUUGACAAACCUCUUCUUUUUUUUGUCCAAUAAGUCGCAGGCAAAAAUACAAUUCAUACCGUCUAGAAGGGUUCAUUCUACUCUUGCUAACUCUAUGAAUUCACUCUAGCGGACUACCCAUGACCGCUGGCCUUUUAGAUGCCUUAUUUACUGAGCUAUUGUUCAUUUCUGUUGCCCUAUAGAGGUGAUAUUAAGAGUAAAGUGUAUGUACAGGUAGUAUUUAUCAGUGUUCUUAAGAUGACAUCACACUGACACCCUGGUUUUGUAACAUCCCAUAAUACGCCCAACCCGGGACCCCUCCAACGGCACCUUCACUCUUUACGCAGAAGUAAUUUUGUUCUGAAAUAUAAUAAAUCUUAAAGCCGAUCACCAAGUCAAGUUGAAAGAGAAAAUGACAAUAUUGUUCUUAUUUAUUUGAGUAAUAACAUAUUCAGUGGUGAAUGUGAUUGGCUUACCUUUAGAUUCAUUUUUUGGUUGCAUAAUUGUUUAAUUGUACAAAAAUUCCUCAUGCAAAAUCAAGGUAAGAACUACAUCGAGUAUCGUCUCAAGAAUAUGGCUUUUAUUGUGACUUUUUUGUAUGAGCUUGUUCAACACUAUCCGAUUUUAGAAAUUUUAAGAAUACCCACACUCUCUGAAUCCCAGGUUCGUGCCACUGUUCACUCUAUAAAAGGUUAGAUAUGUGGGUUGUUUUGCUUGAUCCGAAAUAUGACAUCUGUCCUCCAUAUCCCACCAGCUCUGUAUUGUAAAUGUCCCUGAGUGAUUCUACUUUGAGACUUUCAGCCCUCUGUCUCUACUCCCCUCCCUUUCUCUCUCUCUCUCUCUCUUUCUUUGGCCACCGUUCAGUGCUUAUUUGUCCCCAUGCCCGUUUCCUCUGCGUGGCUUGUUGUAAAGGGUGUAGGCAUUCUAAUGUCUUUCAUGUUGCUGUAAUAAAUAUGCUAAUAUUUCUAAUUUCUCA